CGCCUCGUGACUGAUCUUCAGCGCUAGAGCAGCUGCAGUCAAUAACUCUUGACAAAGCGUCGAUGCAGACGGUCACGAUUUGACAACCCCUGUUUCUAUCCUCGUCGAAGUCGACCCGUGUAUGCAACUUUUGGUGCAUGAUCGACGCGUGCUUGAAAAUGAUCAAGUUUCGUCAAACGGCCAGGCGCGGCAUGAGUUCGGUCUGGAAGCGCCUGCAGCGUGUCAACAAGCAUGCGGCCAAGUUCCAACUGGUGGCAUCCUACCGGGAGCUGACGGUUACCGGUAGCAAGAAGUGGCAGCCGCACAAGUUGCUGAUCAUAUGGACUCGGAGAGGACGCCGGGUGGCCUCCCAGGCGAGGUCAUGGGAGCCUACCAUCCGCGAUCCGUACCGGGGACGCGUUGUCUGGCCUGUGCCAGAGAACGUGGAGGUGGCGGUCACGCUGUUUCGCGAUGCAAACAGCAACGUCUUCGAGGACAAGGAUUGGAGCUUCGUCAUCGAAGAUAUUUCAGCGCAAGGCAAGCGGCGGCACGUAGCCGUCGGCGUGGUGAACGUGGCCAAGUUUGCGCGGCCCGAGCCGACGCAGACGGAGGUGGUCCUGCACAUGCGACCUCUGACACCCAAGUGCACUGAGGCGCAGCUACUGCUCACGCUUUCGUGCAGCCUGCUGCGGGAGGGAAAGGCCACAGAUGAGGAUAUGCAGAGCAUAGCGAGCCUGCUGAGCGCGGCUCCCCUGGCGGCACCAGACUACGCCAACCUCGAGGACUUUGAGGAGGAAGCGUCCCCGCAGGCCUCGGCACAGCUCUCGAGGCUGGCAGCCGACUGCUCGAGUCUCGUGAGCGGCGGUGACAGUAGUCCUACGCCGUCUCCAGCCACCGCGGACAACGGCCUCGAUCUGUCGCUACGGAGCCCGUCCGCAGCAGUGAUGGUUGUCCAACCGCCGCCUCCGCCACCCGAGCCACCAGAACCGGGCAAACAGCUUACUGAACCCGUCGAGUCUCGGGGAGAGAACCGGGAACCCCCGACGGAGCCCGGCAAGGACCUGCUGUCCUGGAGUCAGCAAAUGACCAGCGGCUAUGCGGGGCUCAAGGUGACCAACCUGACCACCUCGUGGCGCAAUGGCAUGGCCUUCUGCGCUCUCAUACACCGCUUCCACCCCGAGCUCAUCGACAUGGACUCCCUGUCGCCUCAUGACAUCGCGGGCAACUGCAAGAAGGCGUUUGAGGCGGCAGCGUCCCUGGGCGUCUCCCGGCUCCUGGACCCUGCUGACAUGGUCCUCCUGACGGUGCCGGACAAACUUGUAGUGGCCACGUACUUGCAUCAGCUGCGGCAGCAGCUGACUGCGCCCCCCGAGAUGCGGCGGCCCCUGCCAGAGAGGGCGCACCCGUCUCCGAUCUCGUCCUCGGGCAACGACAAGGCGGCGACGGCCACGUCAACGCCUGCAGAAGCAAUAGCGAACCUCGACUCUACCCCAACGCCUGUAAGUAAUGCCAGCAAUGUGCCUUCCACUCCGCCGGUAGAAGCCCUCCCCACCGAAGAAUACCCAAAUAAACAAGGCUCAAGCGAAAGAAUCCCAAACAAACGACGGUCGACGGAAGGAAGUCCAAGCAAAGAAGGCUCUACGGAACAAAGUUUAAACAGACAAACAUCGACGGAGGAAAGCUCGAGAAGGCGAGAGUCAGCAGAGAGAAGCCUAACAAAAAAGCAAGGGUCAGUGGAAAGGAUCCUAAACAGGCAGGAAUCGGCGGAGAGUAACUUGAAAAAGCAAGACUCUACGGAAAGGAGUGCAAGUAGGCAAGGUUCGACAGAGAAAAGCCUAAGCAAGCGAGGCUCGUCGGAAAGGAGCCUUAGUAGACAAAGUUCGACGGAGAAGAGUCCGAUGGAACAGGCGUGGAGUGAGAGAAUCUUAAAAAUAAAAAUCCCGGUGGGCGACAAGCCAGCCAUCAAGGAUUCACCCAAGGAUACGAGUGCCAAGUUAAGUCCGGCUCAGAAAGAAGACGCGCAGACAGGCCAGCCGCUGAUGACGCGGCAACAGCUGAUGAACCCUUUCGACUCGGACGAAGAGGACACCGAAAAGUCAGUGCCGUCUUGUGAAGGUGUCGAGACGCAAGAAGCUGUACCUGAGGAACCAGAGACCCGUGUGCCAUGUCGGGUGCUGGACCUGUCGCCAACCAGGCAACCCUCGCCACCCGAGGCCCUCGUGUCACCGCUUAUCGACCCCAAGAAGAGGCCGUCGAGCCGGCUGGUCGAGCUUCAGGAGCGAGCGCGGAAGCUGCUGGAAGAGGCCCGCCAGCCGCCGGCCGGCCGCGAGCUCAGCCCUGGGUCGCUGGAAGAGCGCCAGCACCAGGAGCAACUGCGGGAGCGGGCGCGGCGCAUCAUCGCGCAGGCACGACAGGGGCAACGCGCACACCACCACAACAACAACAACAACAACGUCAGCGAGCCCAGCAGCCCCGACACGCCGGUGCCCGGCACCCAGACCGCCAACGGCCACAAAGAAUCCUCUGAGGACGCGGCUAGUCAGGACGACCUCAAGGCUCGGCAGACCCCUUCGUGGAGCGUACGGCUUUCCGAGGGUAGCUCCUUGCGGCCUGCCAGGUUUCACCAGUUCCAGAAGAGGCGCAUAGGUGGCUCAGACGAUUCCGAGCGGUCUGAGGAGCUGAGUCGAGAUAGUGAGCUGUCCAGUGGCUCACGGCGGCGGCAAACCUAUGUAGAGCUGGAGCUGGAGGCGCUGGAGCGCGAACGGCAACGGGUCGACGCCCAGGCAGAGCGGUUCGAGCCGUACCUGCGGCAGGUGAUGAAGAGCGGCGACCAGGAGGAAGAAGACCGCUGCAUGCAGAAAUGGUUUGCCCUGGUCAACGAAAAGAAUGCACUAAUCCGACGGCAAAUGCAACUUAACCUAUUGGAGAAAGAGCAGGACUUGGAGCGGCGCUUCGAGAUGCUCAACGAGGAACUCCGGGGCGUGCUCCAGCUCCAAGACUGGCAGAAGACGGACGCCCAGCGUAGCCGGGAGGCCCUGCUGCUCGAGGAGCUGGUGGCGCUGGUCGACAAGCGGGACGAGCUGGUGCAGCACUUGGACUCCCAAGAGAAGGCCAUUGAGGAGGACGAGAUGAUGGCACUGGCCACCAGACGGCAGCGGCUUCCUCCGGAGCGCAACAACUGCCGACUCCAGUGACCUCCGGUGACGACGAAGAAACGAGAGAUGCACGAAGAGAGGAAGAGGAGGAUUAGACAGAUGAAGGAAGAGACGCGAGCAGCAUGGCUUGCAGCAACCGCUUGCUUUUACCUUUUUUGCCCGCCAGGCGGCGCGCCAUACAACAAUAAACCGUCAGCAGCCAA